AUCUCUCAACCUUUAAUCCAUAGGGCUGACCUUUCACUUAGAUUUCUGUCUGCUUUCGAAAAGUCCCGCAGUCCCUUCAGGCGGCUGCUGAUUGCUCCUGGUCAUUACGUUGCGUUCGCUGGAUCGUCACCAAUCAGAAGUUUAAUUAAACGGGAAACUCCGCAGGGCCCUUUGGCGAUACAUCACGCGGUUUCGGCGCGUAAGAGAACUGAUAGCACGAGAAACUAAUAUUACAACUUGCCUAUAAUUCGUGCUUCUGUGUACUCGCAUGAUCAUAAUUUCAACGGCUCGCGUGUAUGCCAUGAUUCAUUUAUAACGAGAGCUUUGCCGUUUAAUCCACGCUACAAGAUAUAUACUGACAAGAAGUUAAGAAAACAAUCUAGUCGAAUGUAAUGAUUUUGUUAUACAAAGUUAUACGAGUAAUCAUUUUAUGUAUCGAUCACUAUCAGAAAUGUACCUGUGUUCCCUAUGAAUUUACUAUGAAUUUUUCGAUUACUUACUUGCAAUAUUUAUGACAGUAAAAUAUGUAGGAUUGUAGACCGAUUUUCAUUUGUUAAUACAAAUAAAAGGAAAUUUGAAAUUUUGUAUAUUGUAAUGAUCUUUGCAAAAUCGUGUUACCAUUCAUUCAGAAAAGAAAGUUAUUUAAAAAGAAUGUAACAAACGUUAUUUCAACGAUACUAAAUAUUAUUCGAAAGUGAUUAAGACACUUCUCACGAUAUAAUAUUAACACAAUUAAGGGAUUAAGUCUCCAUGCUUAAAGCAUUAGUUAUUGAGCUUUGGAUAUAUUCGAAAAUGACGAAAAUUCGACGAAAUUUUAGAAUGAUUUUUUGAAAUGUUCAAUAACUUGGGCGAGAAAAUCUCGUACAAAUUUUAGGUCAUUGUAAAGGAAAAACACCAAUCUUCAAAUCUAUAGUAGACUUGUUAGUCAUGAAAAAGGUUUGUCAAUGUUUUCUAUAGACGUUUGAAUUUAUAUAGCAUUUUUCGAGGAAGAACAAUAUCUCUGUUUUCUCCUUCACGGUAUAAUAUAAACUAUUAAAUUAAUAUAAAUAUAAACUAUUUUUGUGAAAAAUGAAUCCAAGAUUGUGAAAGUAAAAGCUCCACACUUUGAGCUCAGAUUCGUUGCUAUACGAUUUCUUGUUACGAAACUAUAAUAGUUUAAAUAUCGUCAAUUUUUCAAACAUUAAAAAUUUAGUAUACGUUUGUGUGACUGUCACUGUAUAUGUUAACAUUUUUAUUAAAAAUUUAUAUAAAUCAAGCAGAAUGGGUUUUUAAAUUUUUAUCAAUAUUAAAUAGUUUGUUAUUAUAAUAGUUUAUAAUUUAUAUAUCUCUGAGAUUGAAAAAUAAACAAUAGUUUCUUGAGGAAUAUAUUAUUUCUUAAUUUUUGUAAGUAAAUAUGUACAUAGCGAUUCUUCUGCAAAUGCAUGUCCAUACUUUAAAUGAUGAAUCUACAAGUAAAUGGACUUAUGUUGUUGAGUCAUAGAUAAUUGUAGGAAAUGUCUCCUUUAUCCUUCAACACAAUUGCAUAUCUUAAUUGUAUUUCUCACUAGCUUGAACAGUCUUCAAAUUCAUUGCAAAUCCUUUCUUGCAGAUCGUACACAUUACUCGCCUCUAUCGAAUACACAAUAAGUUCUGCAUCAAAAAUAAACAUUUAAUGAAAUAUAGUAGGAUAUACUGAAACGCAAGAUAGACACAUCGAACAUUUUCUUCAAUCAUCUAUACUUUGAAAACUAAGGAUACGUAGGAAUAUAGAUUUAUAUAACAUUUUUUUUUUUUACUUAUUAAAUUCAUCAGUUGAAAUAUGAGCGUGCAUUUAAGAAUCACCUAAUGUACAUGCAAUUGUGAGAUAAAAUUGUUGCUCAAAGGUAUCUUUUGAUCAAUAUUUCCUUGCAUUAUUAAUCCGGGGAUACACAAAGGGUACCGUUAUUUGGAAGAUCUUUAAGAAAAUUGCUUUGAAGUUAUCUUCGUUGUCGAUAUAGCACUAGAUGGAAGUGAGAUUUGAACAAGAUUGUCGACGCUAAUAACACCGUGAAAAUUAAUCAUAGUUAUAGCCUCCGGCAUCGUAAUCACGCCUAUAAUUUAUAGAAUAUUUGGUAAACGUUAAACCUCAACAAGGCGUGCGGUUAAAUAUUCUAAAAGCUAAGUAUAUACAUACGUGGGUAAGUAAAUACAUCUCUCAGAGAGCAAAUUGUCGUGGGAUAAGAAUGCUUAUUAUUCAGAAACACGUUAAUUAUUUCCCUGCUGCGUUCUUUCGAUCCACUUGUAUUUCUCAAAAAAAGUCGGAAAAUACCUCAAGUUUUCUUAUGAUGAAAGAAAUUCUAAUUAUAACAGCACGCGUGAUUCCUUGACUAAACUUUAUGUUAAACGUUUUUUUCUUUUCUAAAUAUUACAAAUUCUCUUUAUUCGCUAAACUGAGUAAAAAUUUAUGAAUCGCAGCAACCUGCUUUCUCACUCAAUAUACACAGCUUUAAUAUACAUAGUUGGCGCAUUGUUGACUAAUUCCAUUCAAUUAAGAUUGGUUUAAGUAUUCGUUUAAUGCAAAUGUUUAUUCAGUAACCGCUCGUGAGGAUUUCAAUAGGAACACAAAGUGUACACAAAACACAUUCAUCGGUGACAUGCUCGAAGUGCUUUCACGUUGCACCCUA